UUGUGCGUUAAAAAAGUUCCGACCGUUUGGUCGGAACUUGAAAUUAGAAGUAUUUAACUCCCCUAUACUGUUCAUGUUCCAUGUUUUUGUGCGUUAAAAAAGUUCCAGGCAAAAGGUCGGAACUUGAAAUUAGAAGUUUGGUUAAAACUUCACCCUCGAAAAAAAUUUUGCCCUAGGAUUUCUUCUUCCGUUCUGCGCUCGCGCUGAGCCACCCCUCUCUUGGCACCGUCUCGAUUCGGCGGCUUUCACAGUUCAACGCGACCCUCUCUCUCUCUUUCUCUGUGCCGUGAUAUCUAUGCGCUUCUCUUCUUUCUUUCGGAAUCUUUGCCGGAAUUCGUAACAUUCGCUGGAAUAUUUGGAAUUUUGUCCGGAACUUUGAAAUCUCGUUCGAAUUUGUGUUGGACUUCUAGUUAUAAAAGAAAUUAUCCGUGGAAAGAUUUACUCUUUCUUCUAAAUUAUAUCUGGCGUUUCACUGUUAUCGGAGUUUUUCUUUAACUGGAGAUUCUCAGUUGAUUUUAUUGAUUUCCACAGUGGUUACACCAGAGAGAACAUCACUGCAAGGAGCAUGAAGCUGCUAUGGUGCAUAGUGCCCGAAGCGUUUGAAACUAUGACAUGGACUUUAAAUAACCAAUGAAUUGAUAUUGGUAUAAAGAUCUCUCUCACUGAUGUUGACCCUCUUUUCAUAAAUGAAGCAGCAGAAAUUGGGAAUUUAAUCUUAGUUUAAAAGUUCACCACUUUAAUUACCAGUGUCUAAUCACAGCCUCUUUCCCUCACUCUUCCCCCCACUACCAAAUUCUCCUUCCAUCUCUGUCAUCCCUUCACUUUCAAACCAACUCCCCCUCUCUCUCCCCACCCACCUCCCCUCUCCCUCUCUCCCCACACAAUGCCGCCCACUCCCCGUCUAGUCCUCCGCAAUGUGUCGUGCAUGCGAAAUGCACAGGUUGUCCUCCGAGACAUCAAUUUCUCUCUCAACCCUGGCUCUGCCCUUGCUCUCACUGGCCCCAAUGGCUCUGGCAAGACCACCCUCCUCCGCCUCCUCGCCGGCUUCUCCCGCCCCUCCGCAGGUGUUGCCCUAUGGAACUCACUCUCUAUAACUGAUCCUGGUGUAUUCUCUCUCUACAAGCUCCAGCUCAAUUGGUUAAGCCUCAAGGAUGCCAUAAAAGACAAGUGGACUGUCCUCGACAAUGUACAGAUAUUUGAGCUCUUAGAAGGGAAGGUGGGUAACUCUCAAAAGGCCUUGGAGUUUGUCGGACUUGGUCGACUGGUGCAUGACAAGGCUCGGAUGCUCUCUAUGGGACAGAGGAAGAGAGUACAGAUUGCAAGGCUCUUGGCCAUUGAUAGGCCCAUAUGGCUUCUUGACGAGCCAUCUGUGGCAUUGGAUUCAGAGGGGGUGAAGAUUUUGGAGUAUGUAAUUAAGGAGCAUAGGAAGAAUGGGGGAAUUGUGGUCGUGGCCACGCAUUUGCCCAUAAAGAUGGAGGAUGCCAUGGAGCUCAGGCUUCCUCAAAGGUUUCCAAGGAGGAUGACUCUGGUUGAUAUGGUGCAUUGAAAUGGAGGUUUCAUGGUUCUUUCCCUUGCUCUUGUUUGUUCUAAAGUAUUUGACAUGUCAUCAAUGGUUCACAAUCAAUGGCCAUCAUCACAGUUUCAUUCGAAGAUUUUCCUCACAGACAUGUCUCAAAUGCAAUGCAUGUGGCCGAAUUGUGAAACUUUGGAGACAAAAAUACUGGAUCAAGAAUGAGUCCAACAAUGAAUGGAAGAGAGAGAGAGAGAGAGAAGAGAGCUGCGUACCCAUGAUGCAGUUGACGCUGAAAAGGAGAAGGAGACUUGAUACCGUAGCAGUGGCAAAGCCAUUUCUCGCCAUUGUCAUGGAGUUUAGUGGGUGUAUGUUAAGAGUGGUGCAGUUUUAUAGUGCUAUCUAUGAAAAGAAAUACCUUGCUUCAAGGGGGGAGUUUUGUUUGUUUGGAUGCUGAUUUGGAGGGUUCUUUGUGGCAAUUUUUUUUUUAAUAUUUCAAUGCUAUUUUAUUGGGCCGUUUGCUUAUCA